UUGGUGAACAGAAGAGAAAUUAUUUAAAAUGGAAAAUACUAACAAAGAAAUAAAAACUCCCAACAAUAAAUUAAGAAGUUUAGGUUUAAGACGAAGUGCCCAAAGAAGUACAAUUAAGAAAACACCACUGAGUGAUGUUAAAGUAAGUUAUCACUCUCUUCAAAAUCAAUCUUCAACAGAAGUAUCGUCACCUUGUACCCCAAGACUAUCGCAAACAAUAGCUUCAUCUACUAGCUCUAAAAAUUGCCUGCCAUAUCGUCUAACACUGAAUCGAGGGGCACGAGAAAAGUACAAAAAGAAAAAGCUUGAGUUUGCAGCUAAUAAUUUACAAGUAGAAUUAGAGUCAGAACGUCCAUUAGAUCUACAUCAAGAAGUAGCCAAUAAGGAACAAAUCCUCCAGCGACAUCAAAAGCAUAAGCAAAAAGUUGAUGAACUGAAAAGUGUGAUUGCCAUCUGGGCAGAGGCAUUUAAAGCAUCUUUAGAAGAACUAUCAUCGAAAAUUGAACCAAAAAUGGAAGCUGAAGACUUGAUAGCUCGCCUGGGUAUUCCCCCUGACAUGAUUGACUACACUUAAGCCACCAACAAAUUUUUGAUAACAAUCUGUUCGUAUUUAUUUAUUUAUUUAAGAAAUAUAUAAUUUGUUUAUUUUUGAA